CGUAACAGAUUCCUUAUUCCACUUUGAAUCCUCCACAGAUUCUCUCUCUCUCUCUCUCUCUCUCUCUCUCUCUCAUGGCCACGGCGUCUCGGCUAGUAUUCUGCGAGCUGAAGUCGACCAAACCGGCGACUCCGGUUCAGGUUCAGAAAGUGAUGAGAGGUUCUGACAUGUCGCCGGUAACGGAUAACGUGAAGAUAGUUUUGCAGCCGCGCCUGUGCACCCUAAGAUCGUACGGAUCAACUGAUCGAGUCGGAGUGAUCAAGUCGAGGAAGGACGGCGGCGAUGACGAUAACGGUGGUGCAGUGACGUCGUUUUUCGUGACGUUGUCGGAUUAUAUUGAGAGCUCGAAGAAGAGUCAGGAUUUCGAGACCAUCUCUGGUCGUCUUGCUAUGAUGGUGUUUGCGGCUACAGUGACAACGGAGGAAGUGACGGGGAACUCCUUAUUCAGGAAGAUGGACGUGGAAAGGAUUGCUGAAGCAUUAGGGGUGUGUCUGGCAGCCGUGACCUGUGCUGCCAUUUUCGCUUACUUUUCCUCUGCUCGGAACAGAGUGGGUAAAAUUUUCACCCUAAGUUGUAACACGUUCAUCGACUCGCUGAUCGAUCAAAUUGUUGAUGGCUUGUUCUAUGAGGGUGAACCAAGCGAUUGGUCUGAUGAUAUGUAAAAGCAGGCAUGAUCAGAAAUUGUAUAUGUAGUUUGAGUGGAGCGGUUUAUACGAAUAACAGAUUUACCAGUUUGUUACCUCGUCAAGACUAUGUGCAGAUAGGCUUUGAAUCGGGUUUCAGUGGUGGAUAAGGCUUGCAUACUUUUUUUUUUUUUUUUUUAUCGCAAGGCUAGCAUACUUAAAUCUCUAUUUUUCCUUCAUGCUAUUUGAGGGCUUCGGUGGCUUUUGGGUUUGCAAAUUAGCUUAUGGGAUCGUUUGUUUGACAGAAUUGAUAGUGGGAAAAAAUACAAAAUUCAUAAGAUGUAAAACUCCCAUUGAAUUAAUACUGAGUUGACUAAUGGUAUGACAUCCUUUGUGAUA